AGGGACUCUUCCUCCUCCUCCAUGGUCCCCCUGUGCCUCCCCAGGGCCGCUGGCUGAGCCCCCUCGGCACCCCGCCCGGCCCCGCAUGGUGCACCCCGACCCUGGAGCAGCCCCCGGCAGCCCCGGUGCUCCCCGCUGCGGCCCGGAGCCCCCCAAAAACAGCCUCGGUGGCGGGGCGGGGAGGCGAGCUGGGACUCCUUCGGGGCGUUAAGAUGGUGAAAGCUCCCCGGCCGAGAGGGGCUGCGCGGACGCCAGGCCACCGGGUUAGGGGGGAGCAGGAUGGACAGAGCCCUUGGGGCCGGGAGCCGAGGCCGGUAGGGAAGGAUGGACUCGCGGAGCUGCCAGGACAGGCAGCCCAGUGACCCCCCCGGCGGCAGCGGCAGCAGCAGCAGCAGCAACUGUAGCAGCGGCAAAAGCAACGGCGAGAGGGAGAGGAUCCGCAGCCGGAUGAAAAUGGUCAUCGGGCAGCUGGAAGGCAUCUUGCAGGAGCUCAAGGAGGUCGCCAAGGAGCUCCGGGAGGUGGUGAGCCAGAUCGACCGUCUGACGUCCGACUUCGAGUUCGAGCUGGAGCCGGACGACUGGACGACGGCGACAGCCAGCAGCACCUCCAGCAGCGAGAAAGGGGGCACCACCUUCGAGCUGGGACCCCUCGACUUCACCGCCGCCGACAUCCUCUCCGACAGCUGGGAGUUCUGCUCCUUCCUCGACGCCUCCACCCCCUCCGACCAAGGGGACGGUCCCGAGCCCCCCCGGCAGCAGCCGCCACCGUGCCGCCAGCCCGACUACCGGCUGAUGAACGGCGGCAUCCCCAUUGCCAACGGGCCCCGGGGGGGGACCCCAGACUCCUCCAGCGAGGAGGCGUUCGGUGCCCACCACAGGGGUCCCCACCAGCGGCCGGCUGGCACGCGGGAGCGGGUCCGCUUCAGCGACAAGGUGCUGUACCACGCGCUGUGCUGCGACGAUGACGACGGGGACGGUGCCGACGAAGGCUCCCCGGGCGAGGAUUGCGGCGAGGAGCCCGGCCGCAAGGUGACCUCGAAGCAUCCCCCUGGGGGUGGGGGUGGGGGGCCGGCGGCAGCCCGGCGGCCGACGAGGAACAGCAGCACACAGACUGUGGCUGACAAAAGCACCCAGACGGUGCUGCCUUACAUCAGGCAGAAAAGCAAAAGGAAAAACUGA